AUGGCUGGGUCAAGUAGAGGAAGAGGACGUGCUUCAUUUACCUUCAACAUCGAGGCCAUUGGGUUUGCUAAAGGUGCUGCUCUGCCUGAUGUCACCUGUCAACCUCCACCACCCUUUCCUAGUACAGACAAUAAGCCAGUGCCUCUGAAAACAGGAGAAGAUGAAGAUUACAUGUUGGCCUUAAAACAAGAUCUUAGAGGAACUAUGAAAAAAAUGCCAUAUUUUUUGGCAGUAGAAGAAGAUCACGAAGUAAUUGAGAGGUACAGUAAAAAGUAUCAGGACAAGGAGCAUGCAACAUGGACGCCAGGUGCAAAACCAAACAAGGCAAAAAGCUGUGAGCCUAAAAGUAAUGUGGAUGUGUUGAAAAAAAUUGAGGAGUUGGAAAAGAAGGAUGAUGAAGAAGAAAAAUCUGAAGAUGAGAAAGACAAAACAAAAGACAAAGAAGGUGAAGAUGAUGAAGAAGCAGAAGAACCAGAGGAAUAUGAUGAAGAAGAGCAAGAAGAGGAAAAUGACUACAUUUCUUCAUAUUUUGAAGACGGAGACGACUUUGGUGCUGGCAGUGAUGACAAUAUGGAUGAAGCAACAUACUAG